AUUCCACAUUUUCCACAGGCAUAACUCUUAUUACAAUGAAUAUGUUUAUAUUUCUUUAACUUCCUUUGUAACUUUGCCCCAUCCAAGCUGUGUUUGAGACCUGCCCACCAGUUGCUUCUCUGUCAUGUGUCCCUGAUAGCCAAGCACACACGACACAGCAGCAGCAGCAGAAGCCGUUUCCACGCAUGAUUUGCACCACUACCAUGGGUCACGGGUUUGCUGGCGCCUAUCUCAGAUGACUUCAAACGAGAGGCGGGGUACACUCUGAAGUGGUCGCCAGCCUAUCACAGGGCACAUACAGACAAACAAUCAUUCACACUCACAUCCACAUGUGAGGUCAAUUUAGAGUCUUCGGUUUCCUCCCACAUCCCAGAAACAUGCAAGAUGCUCGGCCUGAGAGCGGGGGCGGCAGCGGCAGCGGCAGCAACGCGUUUCUUAGGAAGGCGUGUGCCGGCACUCGUGACCCCCAGCAGCGCCAACAUGGCGAGUCACGGUCACGGUACAGUAUCGUGUUUGCGUCUACUUGUAAGAGCUGAUGUGAGCCAGGUGGCGGACAUGUCCAAGCCCAUGUACUGUGACCGUGUGGACACCCCGCUGCCGGACAGGGCCUACAAGGAUGAGCUGAGCGCCGCUGACAAGAGCCUCAAGCAGAAGGAGAAAGGGCCCUGGAACCAACUGACCCAAGAGGAGAAGAUAGCCCUGUACCGCCUGAUGUUCCGUCAGACUUACCCAGAGAUGAAGCAGCCCACAGCGGAGUGGAAGACGGUCAUGGGGGGCGUCUUCAUCUUUUUGGGCCUCACAGGUCUGGUGGUGUGGUGGCAGUCCGUCUAUGUGUACCCCCCGCAACCCCGGACGUUCGACAGCGAGUGGCAGGCCAAGCAAGUUCAGAGGAUGUUGGACAUGAAGGUGAACCCGGUGGAAGGUUUCUCCUCCAAGUGGGACUAUGAGAAGGGCCAUUGGAAAUGAAGUGGAUGAAGCAGAAGCACAUCCUCACUGUGUCUGCACCUUAUAAACAUACAAGAAUAAUAAUAAAGUUUGAUCUGCGUCCAACUUUUAGCAUGCGUUUUAAAUAUUGUAAUA